ACCGCAAUGAAGAGAUAAAUAGAAGCUUAUCUAUUUAUUUGAAAGUAUUCCGGGUCUCAUUCAUUGAUAAGUGAGAGACGGCAGCUGGUUUGGGGAGCUGCUCACGCGCUCGUCUGCUUGUUGGGGCUGCCGAGAAGAAUAAUGGAUGAAACCUGUCACUAGCACUUGCUGAAGAUUUCGAUUGACUCCUCAAACUGAAGUAUGGAGGGCAGCGACGAUGUGUCUGUAAACAUGACGCAGUCCCAGACGGAUGUGUGCAGCGCGGAGGUGGGAGGAGGAGGAGGAGGAGGAGGAGGAGGAGAAAUCCCCAGUAAGGUGGAGGAAGGAGUAACUCCCCUCGCUCCUGCGGAUUCCUGCGGCAGCAGCGCGCCUGGACUGAGCAAAGGAGCGCUGUCGAACCUGGUGGAGCCUCCUGCGCCGUCAGUGGUGAGUCCCACCGCUGAAACUCCGGGAGGCGUGGCGCUCAAAGUCGCCACAACUGUGCUGCACCCGGUGUGCCUGGGAGACAGCCCGCUGAUGCUGCCCAUCCACCUCCAGAUGGCCGGAGCAGCCGGCUCUCAGCUCGGCCAAAUGGGGGCAGCACCGUACUUGAUAACAAGCCAAAGCCCGGUUUCUCUUCCUCUGGUGUUGGAUCAGCAGGUCAUCCAGCACAUGAGCCCCUCUGUGAUUCCUCAGACCGCUAACAACGUCCUGUGUCAGAACCCUUUGACGUUUGGUUUACCUCCGGCCGUCGAUCAGAAGACAGCAGGACAGACGCAGGAAGCCAAUCUGCUCUCUCUGCUGCAGAAUCCAGCGUUUGCAGCCAUCCUGCAGGAUCUCUUCCCGUCCCAGGCGGGUUCAUCCACCUGCCAGUCACCAGGCUCCACCUUCUUCCCUCUUCCUCCCCUCACACCUCCCUACACCUCCCCUCUGGCGCCACUAGUCCCUCCUGCUACGCUCUUAGUCCCCUACCCGGUCAUCAUCCCCCUGCCAGUGCCUCUGCCCGUCCCUCUGCCCAUCCCCAUCCCCGUCCCUCAGACCGAGGACUCGAAGGGGAACAUGCCAAAACCAGUUUGCACUGUGAGCAAAAGCACUCAGACUUCUCCAAAAGAUACUACCUCUCCAUCAUUGUCUUCACGCAAAUGCACGCCGUCAUUCCAGCCACAAAAUGCAUCCUCGCUUCCUCUAGACGAAGGACAAGCUCUAGACCUUUCUGUCAGAGCGUGUCCGGUUGAACUAAAACAGGAGUACCCCAGUCCGCAGCAGGACAGUGUGCUCGACUUGUCGGUGCCUGCUGUGAGGAAAAAGUGCGUUCAGUCAGACAGAGAAGUAGCUUUUCACUCUGGUCAGGAAACAAGCGGGACGUCUUUGUCUCUGGGCGUCGAAUGCACUCAGAGUUUAGAUUCCAAACUCCUGGGAAGUCUGGCUUCGCUGGAGUUCAGCCGGCAGCAUAAGUGGGUGGUUGACAGCAGCUCUGGUGGGUCCAGUUCUCAGCAGGCGUCUCUGAGCGGACCCGGAAACCUCGAGAUAGUCAGCGCUUCGCAAACAGCCAAGGUCAUCGUCUCGGUGAAGGACGCCAUCCCCGCCAUCCUCUGCGGGAAGAUUAAAGGCCUCUCAGGAGUCUCCACCAAGAACUUUUCCAUCAAACGGGACGGCAGCCAGGGGGCGUCUCUGCAGCAGCUCUACGCGGUGCCGUCCGCAUCACACGGCGAGCAGCACGACCCAAACAACCCGCAUAAAAAGGUCCCGAAGAACAGGGCGAUCAAAUUGAAGAAGGUCAACUCACAGGAGAUCCAUUUUCUGCCCAUGAAGAAGCAGAGACUCGCAGCGCUGCUCCCCAGGAAGUGAAAGUGCACAGCAGAGGGGGAUUAAUUGCCGGACCGCUCUCGGGUAAUCCUUCCAGAGCGUGUAACAUAAAACACAUGUGGGGACGUUCUGUAAUCAAACUCAUACAUUUACAUGUCCAAUCAGAGUUUGGCUCAUAGAGACUGCUGAGGUUUGUGGAUGUCUGAGUGUGACACUGUUACAGAAAUGCUUUCCAUCAGAGUUUUUCUGUGUUUUUUUUUUUAAAUAAUGCACUAGUUUUCAGUGUUAUACUAAACCAGAAAUGUUUUUGUUUGGCUGCUUAACCCCUUGAAACCUGGAUUUUUCAAAAACAUGGAAAAAAGGCAAUAAAAUGGGCAAGAAACUUGCAAGAAAUUAGUAAAAGGUCAUUAAAAAUUAAUUUUAAACAUGAGGGUAGGAUUAUUAGAAAGUUAAC